CAGCACAUCACUUGCGCAGCUUCCUCCCUCCAAAUCGGUCUCGUCUGCUCGUCUCCCUCAACAACCGGCAGCCUCCCCUCCUCCGGAUCAAGCACCACAAUCUCCCUUCGUUUUCUUCACUUCUUGUUCAAAAAACAAUACUAGUUCUUCUUCUUCGUCGUCGCCGAUGAGCUACUACAACCCGCAUGCCCCUGUCGGCGCCCCUCCCCCUCAAGGGUACCCGAUGGACCCGUACGCCAAGACCGGCGUCGAGGAGAGCCAGCACCAGCACCAGCCGUACCCGCCGGCGCCGGGCCAGCCGUACCCGCCGUCGCCGCAGAACCAGACGUACCCUCCGUCGCCGCAGAACCAGACGUACCCUCCUCCGCCGGGCCAGCCGUACCCGCCGUCGCCGCCGAACCAGCCGUACCCUCCUCCGUCGAACCAGCAGUACCCGCCGUCGCCGCAGCAGCAGCAGAACCGCGAGCAGUACGCGCCACUGCCGCCGGGCCAGCCGUACCCGUCGCCGGCGGGCCAACCGUACCCGCCGCCGCCGGUCCAGCCGUACCCGCCGCCGAUGGCGUACCCGGCGCACCAGUACGCGCAGCCCUACGGGUACCCGCCGCCGCAGCCGUACCCGCCGUACGCGCAGCCGCCGCCGCCCCCGCCGCACCGGCACGAGGGCCCGUCCUUCGCCCAGGGAUGUCUUGCAGCAUGUUGUUGUUGUUGUCUCAUGGAUGCAUGCUUCUAAGAGAAAACAAGGAUCACGAUACAAACUGACAGAAGACUUGGUUACAAUAGUUGCGGGACGUCAAUGUUAGUUCGUUUAGACCCCAAGAGUUUUGUAUUCAUUACUUGACAUAAUUACAAUUGUGUUGAGUGCACGUGUUCGAUGAAACCAUGAAAGUUAGUAAGUUAGGAGGGUAUGUUGCAGUUUUAGUAAUAUAUUUAGGCACUGAUAAAAAAUGCUAUCAUCUAACUAAUAUAUCCAUAGAUAUCAAUAAAUAAGGUUGUGUUUGCCACUGAGGUGAAUUCUUGUGGACUUAUAUAUUUAGGCACUUUUCAAAACUUUUUUUGUUUCGCUAACUGUUUUUCUUUGCUUUUAUAGAUGUUUUUCGUAAUACAUUGCAAUUUUUUUACCAUAACGACAAUUCACCAUGUUGUUGUCACCUAGUUGUGUUACUCUUGUGGGCUGAUGACCCACAAGUAUAGGGGGUCUAUCGUAGUCCUUUCGAUAAGUAAGAGUGUUGAACCCAACGAGGAGCAGAAGGAAAUGAUAAGCGGUUUUC